AUGGUACCUACACAAAUGAUUGGACAUGGUGCAACGAACUUCUGGCGUUACGAGCCCGGCUGCAACACUAUUGACCUCUCUCGAGGAUCAAAGUCCAACGACCUCAUCAGCCUGAGAACCACAACACAAUCAACUCGACUCGAUCCUGAGAAAACCGCACUCCUGUUGAUCGACCUGCAGAAUUUCUUUCUACAUCCAGCAGUGCGACCACGAGCCGGAGACAAGCCCACUCCAGCAGAAGCAGCCACGAAUGCGCUCCUUAGCGCUGGUAUUCCAGCCGCUCGGCAUCACGGAAUCCGAGUCAUUUGGCUGUGCUGGGGUUUGACUGAGAACGAUCUACGCACUAUGCCACCAGCAAUCAUGCGCACCUUCAGCUGCUACGAAGCUGGUCAAUCUUCGAAAGAUCAUAUUGGAAAGAAUGGUCCUCUCCCUUCAGCGCCGAACAUGGUCCGAAUCAAGAACCCCGCACUUUAUAAGGGCCUCGGAACGGAUCUCGGUACUGUGGAGUCGGCUGCUAACAAGACGGUCCCCGGCGGGCGCGUACUCAUGCGUGAUUCCUGGAACGCCGCACUCUACGAUCCCUUCGAUCAGGAAUACAAGAAGAGCCAUGGUAUAUUGGGGGACAACACUCAAUCAAAGCCGGAUGUACUAUUUCAUAAGAACCGCAUGUCUGGGCUAUGGGGAUCAGGCUCUGAAUUAGAGAGUUUCCUGGAACGAGAGGGGAUAAGCACACUUCUUUUGGGAGGGGUGAAUACCGAUCAGUGUGUUGGUAGUACGUUGACGGAUGCGUUCAGCAAGGGAUACGACUGUAUCAUGUUGCGAGAUGGAGUGGGAACAGGCACGCCCUUUGGUGCGAGUGAGGUGUGGGAAUGGAAUGUCACAAAUUGUUGGGGAUUUGUGUCAACUUGUGAGGCUUUGAAGAAUGCGUCGAAAUAUUCAAAUUAG